UGACCGGGAGGGAGAGCAGAUAGCGGGACAGCAUGAAGAACCGGAGAAACAAGACCAGCAAGCCGGGGGCCCGGCACAAACCAGGAGCCACUGACAUUUCUCCUUCCACAAGUCUUCCUCCUCUGGUAGAAGGCCAGCUGCGAUGUUUCCUAAUUGUGACAGUCAGUAAAGUCCUCUGGACUGUACUCAAUCCCCCUUCUUCAGUGCUCGUGAGACUUCGCUGGUGGGGGGAGACCUCAAAUGGCACCAUCUUCAGACCAAGAGUCAACUCCCAGACGGAACAUAAAGCUGUUAAAACCACUACUCGUUAUGCUGUUCGCUGUGGUCCCAAACAGUUUAGCUCCUAUCUGACAGAUAUGGGCUCCAUGGUACUCGAUAUAAUGACCAAACUGGGUCAUCUUCCAAUUGGCCGCGUUCAAAUAAAUGGGAUUUCUCGGCUUUCCCCAUCCCAACCAAUCAGAGGCUUCUUUACUAUUGUGUCACCAACGUCUGAGAAACUAGGAGAGCUGCAGGUGUCUGUGGCUCUGGAGCCAUUGUCUGAGACGUACGACAGUAGCAGCUCUAUUCAAAAUACAGACAUAAGUGUGGACACUGCUCUGUCUGUAGGAAAGUGUAACCGUAAAGUUGAGGUGGAAAAUCCAUUACAAACAAGGACAUUAUCUGAGAGUAGCAGGGCCUCCACACCCAGAGGAAAAGAUUAUUUGUACUUCCAAGAAAAUGCAGACCCCAAUAAAUUGUCCUUAAAAGGUUAUCAUGAGUUGAUGCGGACAGAGAAUCCAAUCACAGCUGCUCCUAACAUGCAUGAAAACCGGAGUGCUACACAGAGUCCAUCCUCUGCACCUGCAACAAAGGAUUUAAUUUCAGUUCUUCUGGACCAAGGAAACAAACUGAGGGAUGCCAUGGUUGUUUCUGCCCUCCAAUCCGAUCCCAUUGAUGACCCUGAUGUGGACCUGAAGUUAUCGCCUGAGCUGAAUAAAGAUCUCUAUAGUUUCUUUAGAACUAGAGGUCACUCAGACGUUCUAAAGAUCCAUAAUUCUCCAUCAAGUAAGGGUAUUUUCCUUCAUCAAGGGAGGAACACCGUGCUGGACGUAGAGACUCCCAGUGAGUCCAAGGCAAUAGAACUGAUCUUGGGCAGCUCUUCUUUGUCGCCUGGCUACUAUUGGGAUGGAACAGGAUCACCCCCAGAAUCCAUAUCCGGGAGUGACAUGUACAAUGAAAGCGAGUUCAACGACCCACAGUAUGACCUGAGCCUUUUGGAGAACCUUUUCUAUACAGCGCAUAAAUCAGACAGCAGCCUCAGUGACCUCGUCAGCGAUGAUGAUGAUCCCACGGAAUCUCUGAGAAGGAAGUCUAAGCGAAUCACUGUCAAACAUCGAGGACCACAGCUGGACCAAGCUGCUCGCAAAGAAAACAUAUUGCUCGAGAAUUCUGGUCUCACGGUUCCUGAGCGGUCAUUGAAGAACUCUGUAAAAUCUAAUUCUGUGGAUUUAACAGUGGACCGAUUGGCGCAGUUAGGUCGGAUGCAUGUUGCUCGAGUUGUUGUGGACACAUUAAAGAUUCAUCCAGACAAAUGGGCUAUAGAGAGCAAGAUAAACAGCAAAGGGAAACCACCUCGCCCAGCGACAUCCAUCAAACGAACAUUUUUUGUGGAAUUCCAUUUCCCAGUUUCUUCGAAAACAAAAGGAGACAUUACCCUGGCAAAUGAAAUUACUCGACUGGUCUCAAACAAGAUUGUUAGCGGAUUUGUGAAGUUCCAGCAGCGAUUCGUGUUUCCAGUCCUAUUCAGUGGAAGGAUGAUUGAGCAUUGGUGGAACACAGACCUAAUAUUCAAAAUUUUCCUACGUAACGGAGCCCAGAAAAAGCCAGGACUUGUGGGCUCCGCUAACCUUCCUCUACGUGACGUUCUGCUGUCUCAGGGUCUUUCUGUAAGCUGCAAUCUUGAUGUGCACGAAACAGAGCCACAACAGGAGACCUCAGACGUGGGACCAUUGCAGAUUUCUGUAGAGCUUGCUGGUGAAAGCAAAGAACUUACACGUGCCGCUUCGGGGAACAAUGAAUCUACAAAACAAACCCCACAAUCCUCAGUCAAUCAUAGCGUGACUUUCGCAGAACCAGAAAUUCCUGCAGUUUUGGCCAGUGAGCAUUCUUCACAGACUCAGCCAAUAUCCCACAUCCCAGCAGCCAAGGUCAAUGCCCCCCCUCAUAUUGCAGCUGAAGGACCACGAGUACCAUUAUCCCAGCAGCAAGCAAUCGAGGAGAGUGGGCUAUUGCUGCAUGUUGUACUAAUGGUUCAGGAAGGGAGGGGGUUAAUUCCUGCUGGCAAUGAUUCACUCGCCUCUUGCAAUUCCUACCUGAACUGCAAACUCUUCUCCUCUCCAGAAGCCACUCGUUCUGCUGUAGUGUGGGGCACCACGCAGCCCAUCUUUAACUUUACACAGGUGGCUCCAGUCUCUCUGACAAACCAACUCCUAGAGAGACUGAAUAACAACGUGAUGGUUAUUGAGGUCUGGAAUAAGGUGUCCGGGCCUGGCCGGGACCAGCUUCUCGGACUUGCAAAACUUCCCCUGAACCAGUUCUACAUGUCAUUCAGAGACCCCAAGAUUUCCCUGCUGCUGCUUCAGGCUCAGUAUCCUGUGGUCGCUGUAGACAGUUAUGUGCCGAUUACGGAUGUUUUCAGCGGCAGCGAGAAGGGCAGGAUCAAAGUUUUACUUGCCAUGGGAUCAGGUGACCAGGUUGUGGCAUUGCAGCGUUUAAAACACGAGGAUGGGGAAACACCAUUGAAAAAACAAAUUUCAAGGCCAGCUCAUUUUUUGGAUUCACCGCAGUCCUCCGUACAGACGUCUCGUCCACAGGAAGGAUUGAUGGACCACAUUUUUGAAGUCCACGUGGAGAAUGUGAGAGGUCUCACUCCUCUGCAGUCUACCGUAUGGGGAGAAGCUGAUUGUUUCGUCCAGUACUAUUUUCCCAUGUACUCUCCAAACUCCGGCCCGGGAGUAGACUUGCCUGAGGGUGGUAUUAGUCUGAAGCCUGUACGUACAUCCACAACCCUGUGUGUGCCGGAUCCUGUGUUCAAUGACCGGCAGAGCCAUUCCCUGGUGGCUCCAGCUGAUACCCCCGUGCAGAGGUUACUGCUCAAUGCCUACUCCAAGCAGGGCUUAUCUGGAGGAGGAGGGGUGACAUUUGAAAUCUGGUGCAGGUACUAUUACCCCAAUGUCAGGGAUCAGAUGGUUGCAACAGGAGUUUUACCCUUGUCACGUCUCUGUGCCAUGGUGACCAUGCAGCACCGAGAGGAUGUGGGCAUCCAAGCAUUCAGUCUGCCACUUACUCCAAGGAGCCAGAGCCCUGGAGACAAACACUCACAAUCUUCAGGUUUGCUGAAUGUGAAUGUGACCUACAGACGCUCUGUCAGGAAUGCCAUAGGAAUGUUGGCUACAAAGAUGGCGUCCAUUUCAGUGCAAAUACAUCGAGCCUCAGGUCUGCAGGCGGCUGCCAGAGCGGUUGCAAUGCGUGAUGUUUCAUUUCAAUACAACGCAGAUGUUGGGGUGAAUGCCUUCGUCACGAUUCAGCCGUCUUUCCUGCCAGAUGCAGAGAGGCGCAUUACUCGGACUGUGGCACGGACGUUUUCCCCAGAGUUUGACCACCACUCCGAGUUCCCUUGUAACCUGGUUAUCCAAAGGAGCAACGGGGAGGCAAGCAGCUUGGCCGAGGUCCUGAGUUUCUCGGACAUCGUGUUUUCUGUCCAUCACCAGAGUGUAAUGUCAGAUACUUCAAGUAGAACCCAACCAGCCCGCGAUUACCACUUGGGUGUAGUGAGGAUUCCAGCUAAAGAACUUCUUACCAGGCGAUCAGGUGUCAGUGGCUGGUACCCAAUAACUAUAGAAGAGGAUGCUAAACUUGCUGACGCUCCAUCCAUACUACAAACUAUUGUGGGAGGCCUAGAGCUUUCUAUUGGCUUUUCCCACCACUCAGACAGGGAGCGUGUCCUGGAAGUUGCUCGAGGUCUUGGGUGGACCGAGAGUGAAAAAGACACCCAUGAAGUCAGUGUUUGUGGAGAGGAUGAGUGGCAGCAAAAAGAAGAUCUGAUUACACUGUCUGUCACAAUUCCAAAGAUUUGGCUUCCAGUCCACUGCCUGCUGCUGGCUGGGCAAAACCACAUUCACAGAAGCACUUACUGUUACCUUAGAUACAAGUUCUAUGAUAGAGAAGCAUUCUGCUCCACCCUUGUCAGGCCAAAGCUGUCAGAAGAUGGGCAGCAGGCCACUGUCAUGUUUGAGCAGACCAAAAGCAUGGAGCUUAUGAAGCAUCAGCCACUCGUGUGGUACCUGAGGGAGGAGAGGCUGGAAAUACAGGUCUGGCGCUCCUAUGGAAAAGACACCAGUGGUCCAAGACCUCAAGAUUCAGACCGUCUUCUUGGAUGUGCUUACGUGGCUCUUGGCACACUUUCAGAAAACACUUCUCGUACUCUCACUAUCAGUGGAGUUUACCCACUUUUUAAACGCAACGUAUCAAACCUUUGGGGGGCAGCAGUAAGAGUUCAUCUUGCUCUGAGUUCGGCUUAUCACCCAUCUGUGGCAGCCCGGAGAUUGAGCUACACUGAGGAGAUGAGUCCAAGUGAAGAAGAGGAUUCCAUAGACCACAGUGAAGAAAAACCUGAUCUUUCCAUGAAGAGUCACCAGAUAUUAACCUCACCUAAUGUCCCACUGAAAAGUCCAGACAGCCAUUCUCUGGGUGAAGACUUGGAAAAUACAUUUGCUGUGAACAUAGUGAUUGAAAGGGCAAUGCAUUUAAGCUUAAAAGGGACACCUUUAACUGAGCGAGAAGUGUCCACACCUAGUUGCUGCGUGUCAUUUCCUGUGGCAGGAAGUGCCACCCCUGUCAGUACCCCUGUAAUUGAGAACACAGAUUCUCCAAUAUGGAGCUUCCAAAACCAGACGCGCCUGCCUAAUGAACUUCUCCUGGACCCACAGCAAAGCUUAGUCUUCAAAGUCUGGCACAAAACCGAUGUGGAGCGAGUCCUGGGAUUCGCCUCUGUAGACCUUUCGCCCCUACUGUCUGGUUUCCAAUCAGUUUGUGGCUGGUAUAAUAUUGGGGACUUCACUGGACAAUGCCAAGGCCAAAUUAAAGUAUCUAUCACCCCUCUGGAGAGCAUUGCACAACUAAAAGAGGAAAGACGAGCCAAGAAGGAGACCACCACUGCACGCACGCAGGUGCCAUCACAUGGAUCUUUCAUUUACCCCAAUCUGGUCUGUGAUGCUUUCUCCAGCUACACCGCAAGCCAUACAGAGGACCUGGUCAAUCCCUCCGUUAAUCUGAUUAGUGGAUCCCAUGCUCAUCCCAGGUAUGAGGUGUCUAGUCCUCUGCGUCAUGAGGAGCACAUGAAUAACGUGCGGCGGUUCCAUGAGUCAUUGCAGCAGGCCGAACGCAACACCCACUGCGCUGCACAUCUGGAUUUGCUCAGCCAGUCCUCUCGUACAUCACUGCUAGCCACUCUCAGGAAAAAUCUAAGUGAGCUUGAUGAUAUUCAGAAAUACUUCAACCAGAAGCUGUACAGAUCUCUUUCAAGUCAAAACACCCAAGAGAGCUCUUCCUGUCAGAGUGAGAGGGUCCAGGAGACGCAUCCAAGCCUUGCCCAAAAUCAAGAUGAGUCCGAUACCAAGCUUCUGCUGAGGAAGUCCAGCCUUUUGGUUUCCCAAGUCAGCAGCUUUAUUACAGAUCUCCAGCAAUUACCUAAAAGUGCAAGAUCAACAUCCAGCAUACUUGAAGAGAGUCCUAAUAUUCAGCAUCUAGAUACAAAAGGUCCAGAAUACCUGCAUUCCUCUCAGAAUAAAGAUGGAAGUUCUUUAGGUCUUGGACAUACACAGCUUUUUGAAAGUAAAUCCCCCAAUAUUGCUUCUCCACCAUUCUCCCCGAGGGAUACACCACCACCUCAGGAAGACAUACAUGAUCUAAUGAAAGAAAAAUGUACAAGUGAAGAAGAUCAAUUACUUGAAGAAGAACCACAAGAAUAUUUAGAUGAACGAGAGCUUCAAUAUGUCAGCGAUGAAGAAUUUGAGGUAGACUUUAUUGAACCAAGAACUCUCAAUGAAAUUACAACCAUGACUGAUAGGACCAGCCCCUGGUCCAGCAUCUUAUCAGACACGGAUCCUGACGAAGAUCCCAUUAAAACAGCUGGUCGUGGACAACCUAUUGGUAUUUGGUCCAGUGACAGUUACAGAAAUGAAACUGAUAUUAGAUCUUCAUUCUACCCUGUAGAGGAAAUCAGCAGCCCUAGUGCUGGCUGUGAUGAAUCUGAGUUUGAUCAAAAACAUUCCAUAGUCAAAGACGCAAGUCCAUCAAAUAUUAAUCAAGAAUCCACUGCGCCAGAUGACAUUCAACUACUUUCAACUGGGGUGCAAAGGGUAGAGGAAGAACUGGAAAGAAAUGUGGAUAAUAACGUAGAGGAAUGCAUUAAACCGCUCCCUGUACUUUGUACGGAUCGCACUGAUUCAACAUCGGGCAGUAGUAGUGACCCUGAGAAGACUGAACCUGUUGGUUUAAGUUCUACCAGUAGAUCUGACUCCUCUAUUACUCCUGAGCCAGGUGAUUCCGAGUCAGAUACUCUAUGUGUACCUUCACUUUCACUUCACACUGGUCCAUCUGAUGAGGGCGCUACAGAGCUGUCUAACUUGCCAUCAAGUUCAAAUGCCAAAUCCAGUGACUUGCUAUCGGAUCCUGUUCUUGUUCCAAAUUUCUUCCUUCCACCCCAGCAUUUGGAGGCCUCCAUGAGAUUCCUGAGCCAGUUGCCUGCUCGUCAGUCCUCUGCAGCUCUGAAGGAUGAAACCAACUCUCCGAUCACAAAGGGAAUUCCCUUUCGAAGGCAUCCUCGCCAGAAGCCCAAGUUCACAGCUGCCGACCUUCCAAAGGAAGAGACCAGUCGGAUCGCAAGAAUCUUUGCUGCAAAGUUUUCUAAACCGAAGGACCCAUCCGUGUGAUACUCCAUUUAGGCAAGGUUUAGCUUGUAAUCUGUAUUAUACUUCUCUGCUAGUCUCAGGAAAAUAUUCUGAGAAUAAGUGUGUAUGGUGAGACACGUGCUGCUUCCAUAACUUUGGAAAAUCGUGGACACACUUUGGAGAGGAAUUACCAAAAUGUUAUCACUGUAGCAUUCUGGUUUUAGAAUUCUGGUAACCCAAAUGAAUGCCCUUACCGUGCCUUGAAUCGUCUUAAACUGUGACAUUUACAGUGAAAAUUAUAAAAUAAUUAUUAGUUAAAAAUCCAAAUCAUGGGACGUUACAACAUUAUCCUGCAAAGCUCCCAUAGCAAUUGAAAAAAAACAACAACAACCAAAAACAUUAAGAACUAUGAGCAGUCUUGGAGUAAAAAUAGAAAUGUGAACUGAGGCCGAUUUUAGCGAAGUGCUCCUCAUCUCUUGUAACAGCUCCAUGUGAAUACUCCAUCACAUACAGACUCUGUUCCAUGAUGUCUAUUGCACACACUGGGUUUGCUGCAACGUGUUUGCAUUAUACCGAAUUGUGUUGAUUAUUGAAUUGCCCCAAUAGCUGUCUUAGAAGAGCAGUCUAGAUCCAUGAUGUGUUAGAGGAGUGACUUAAUCUGGGUCUCCGGGGGUUAAAAUUCAAAAAGCUGAGCAUUGUGGGAACAGUAGUGGAAAAACAUCUGCGGAGCCAACAUAAACCUUCGUUGUUUGUCUUCAUGUCAUGAUGGGGCAAUUCUCGGAGAUGUUUAUGUACUAAGAAGGAAUUGUGUGGAUUUGCCAUGGCAAUUUGAACGUUGGUCCAGGAUAGGCAAAUUGUAAACAUUUUCCAGCUUAUCCAUUUUGUGCUAAAUUUGGAAUUCCCUUGAAAAUGUUUACAAUGACCAUUUUGUAGUUUGAUUGACAGCAUACUCUUUGAACUAACUGGUGAAUGCCUUGCGCAGUGGGAUCCUCACUGCUACCGAGUUAGAGGAGAGAUUCUACAGAGCAGCUUAUAGCACGUGUCAUUCAGCCUGGCUGUAGGGGUUCUGCAAGGAUUUACCAGAAUGAAAUGAGCAGAUACCCAAAGCAGCAAUUCUUGGCAGGUGAAAGUCUUGUGUGCACUCUGAUUAAUACAUCUUUGUAAAGCCCCCAACCCUAGUAAUCUGCAACAUUCAGGGAACACCAGACACAAUUAUAGUGCAAUAGAACAUUCUUUUUUUUUUAUUCUUUUUUUUUACUAGAACUGAAAAUGUAAAGUUCGGUUUAGUGAAUAACUCCUUGUCGUUUCUCUGUGACCUCUACAUAGUAACUUCAAUCCACAUCUACACACCAUAAAUGACUCCUCCUUGCUAUUCCAACAUGUAACCUGUGAUAGACAAUA